AGAAAACCUCCAUACAGUGUUCCCCACUUCCCAAGUUCUCAUUGAGACCACCUUGUGUACCGGAGGCAUAGAGUUUAUACUCAGCCCCCUCCCCCCAGCCCAGUGGUCCUCCGCUGGGACCCCUGCCUCCAGCCUUCUCCCCAUCUCUAAAGUGGCCUCUCAGAACCUGGCUUCUCAAUGUCCUUCCUUCCACCUGACAGGGGCUGGCUCAAGGUCACUGCAGUAAUUCCAUACCGACUGCCUGGGGCUGCCGCUGCUGCUACUGCCGCCGCCACCGCCUUAUCGGCAGCUGGGUUUGUGUUUCACUCCCUUUUAUUCCUGAGCAUAUUGUGUUCGAUAAAAAACCCCUUUGCUUGUAACACGCCUGGCAGGGCUCCCAGAGCCCGCUCCGCUCCCGCCUUCCUUCCUCUCCUCCCCCACUUUUCCUUCCUACCUUGGCCCCUCAAACUCCAUGGCUCCUCCCUGUUUCUGAUGCUUCCCUUCUCCUAGCUUGGGCAGAGAGGUGCAGAGGAUGACCACCUUCUUUUGAUAAGCAAGGUCCAGGAAGAGACCCCAGGCCCACACAGAGGGGCCCCCCUCCCACGAAGGCCAGUGUCUCCACCCAGGAAGACCCGCCCACCCGGGCAGCCAGGCCCUGCCAGGGCUCUGGUGGAGUCAGGAUUACCGACUGGUUCUGCUAGUUCCAGAGGCCAGCAGGGAGGGGCAUACAUGGGGCGGGCUUCAUGCACAACUAUUCCCGAAUUGACUGUGCCACUACAAGCCUCCCUCCCACCCAGGGGGUGAAGACAGGUCUGAGUCACAUCCAGGGGGAAGGGCGGGAGUUAAACAAGUUGUGGCUGUGGCAUCUUCCACAAAAGGUCUGCCACUGGCUGGCUGGAAAGACAGACAGCAAACAGAAGCCCCAUGUGGAAGCCAAGGACAGAGCCGCCCUGCUGAGCGCACGGCGGCCCACCCUUCGAGACAGUGACCUCAAGACGACGGUGGCGCUCGGCCCUCCACCUCCGCCGGGGGCGGGGGCCACCUACCGCCAAGUCCCCAGCCAUGACCACCUCAGCCCUCCGACGCCAGGUGAAGAAUAUUGUACACAACUACUCUGAGGCCGAGAUCAAAGUGCGUGAGGCCACCAGCAAUGACCCUUGGGGGCCCCCGAGCUCGCUCAUGUCGGAGAUUGCAGACCUGACCUUCAACACAGUGGCCUUUGCUGAGGUCAUGGGCAUGCUGUGGCGGCGCCUCAAUGACAGCGGCAAGAACUGGAGGCACGUGUACAAGGCGCUGACGCUGCUGGACUAUCUGCUCAAGACGGGCUCUGAGCGUGUGGCCCACCAGUGCCGGGAGAACCUCUACACCAUCCAGACACUCAAGGACUUCCAGCACAUUGACCGGGAUGGCAAGGACCAAGGUGUCAACGUGCGUGAGAAAGUCAAGCAGGUGAUGGCUCUGCUCAAGGAUGAGGAACGCCUGCGGCAGGAGCGAACACAUGCCCUCAAGACCAAGGAGCGCAUGGCACUGGAAGGCAUGGGCAUUGGCAGUGGACAAAUGGGCUUCAGCCGCCGCUACGGAGAUGAUAGCCGUUCUCGGGGUUCCCCAUCUUCUUAUACCUCUGCUUCCUCAUCCCCCCGCUAUGCCUCGGACCUGGAACAUGCACGACCUCAGACAUCAGGAGAAGAGGAGCUGCAGCUGCAGCUGGCCCUGGCCAUGAGCCGAGAAGAGGCAGAGAAGCCAGUCCCCCCAGCCUCCCACAGGGAUGAGGACCUACAGCUGCAGCUGGCUCUGCGCCUGAGCCAGCAGGAGCAUGAGAAGGAGGUGAAGUCCUGGAGAGGAAAUGACUCCCCAGUGGCCAAUGGUGCAGAGGUUACCUUCCGCCGUUGUCGAGACAAAGAACCUGGGAGAGAAGAAAGGAAGGAAGAGGAGAAGCUAAAAGACAGCCAGUCCUCCAUCCUGGACUUGGCCGACAUCUUCGUACCUGCCCCGGCCCCGCCCUCCACACACUGCUCUGCUGACCCAUGGGACAUCCCAGGUCUCAGGCCAAGCACAGAGCCCAGUGGCUCAUCCUGGGGACCCUCUGCAGACCCCUGGUCUCCAGUCCCCUCAGGAAAUGCCCGAAGCCAGCCUUGGGACCUGCUUCCUACACUCUCCUCCUCUGAGCCCUGGGGCAGGACCCCAGUGCUGUCUGCCGGACCCCCUCCCACAGAUCCCUGGGCACCAAACUCCCCCCACCACAAACUCCCCAGUGCUGGGGCUGACCCGUGGGGGGCCUCCGUGGAGACAUCUAACACACCUGGUCUAGGUGGUACUUCAACCUUCCCUCUUGCCAAACCUCCGGAUUCUGCAGACACCAAGCAAGAGCUGGAGUGUGCCCAGGCUUUGCCCUCAGGGAAGCCCAGCAGUCCCGUGGAGCUGGAUCUGUUUGGAGACCCCAGCCCCAAGCAAAACGGCACCAAGGAGCCAGACACCUUUGACCUGGGCGCGCUGGGAGAGACAUUAACCCAGCCCAGCAAGGAGGCUCGCCCCUGCCGAACCCCAGAAUCCUUCCUAGGCCCUUCGGCCUCCUCCUUGGUCAACCUUGACUCCCUGAUCAAGGCGCCCCAGGCUGUAAAGACCCGGAACCCCUUCCUGACAGGUCUCAGCGCUUCCCCCACCAACCCAUUUGGCGUGGGCGAGCUGGGCAGGCCAACCUUGAACCAGAUGCGCGCGGGAUCACCCGCACUGGGCCUAGCGGCUGCCCCAGGCUCCAUGACCUACAGCACCUCCCUGCCCCUGCCGCUCAGCAGCGUGCCGGCCGGCAUGGGCCUCCCUGCCUCGGUCAGCGUCUUCCCGCAGGCUGGUACCUUCACCACGCAGCCCCCCAGCCUGCCGCAGCCGCUGCUGCCCACGUCCGGCUCUGCAGGGCCUCUGCUCCCUGCCCCACAAGCCGGCACCAACCCCUUCCUUUGAGCCGUCCUUCACCCCUUAAGCCAGGGCCCGCACCCUCA